UUGAACCGGAAGUAAACGUGCUGAGGUUUGUACAUAUUUUUAAAGCAUGGUUUGGGAAAGACAGUAAUACAGAAGACAUGGAAACUGAAUCUCCUAAUAAACCAAAAGUAGAAGACUCUGGAGGUAUCCUGAAACAGAACCGAGAAUUCCUUGAUUUCUUUUGGGAUAUAGCGAAACCAGAGCAGGAAAUUAGACUAAAAGCUAUAGAAAAUCUCUUACAGUAUUUGGAAACCAGCGAACGGGAUGAUGAACUUAAGUAUACUCUCAAACGUCUAAUAGAUGGACUAGCAGCGACCCGUGAAGUUGCUCGACCUGGUUUUAGCUUAGCCCUUGCACAGGUUGCUCAACACUUCGAAUCCAUCCCCCUUCAAGGCAUCUUGGAUCAGAUUAAGGAGAAGCAUGAUCUUCAGAAAGUCAAGAAAAAACGUCUUCGACAUGCUGCAUUUGGGAACUUCUUUGGUGUGCUAGCACUGUUUCAGUCUGGUCGUCUUACAAAGGAACCUAAAGUGUUGCUAGAAUGUGUGCAGCUGUUGCAGAGCCUUGCUCAGUACCGUGAACAUUUAAAGGACCUGCCUCGGAAAACUUUGGUGGACAUUCUUUCUGAGACAACAGAAAGUGAGUUUGAAGAGGUUCUAUAUGGGAGUCUUAAAACAGACUUGUCAUCCGCUUUCAGUACACCUGAACAGCUCCAUCUCUUACUUGUGGCUAUUCAGAAGUUUCCUGGGGUGCUCAAACCAAAGCGAUUAAAGAAACUGCUCGGAACUUCCACCGUUGUUACAGAUGAGAAUAUUCCAAAAUUGCUAGAAAUCCUGAAGGUAUCUGCUAAGUCAGUAAAGAUGGAUCGCAUUCUUCCACCUUUGGGGCUGGACCUUUUACGCCUUUCUUUGAAUGAAGGCACUUUUGAAUUAUUUUGGAAGGAAAUCGUAGAAAAGGGGUUACUUUUGGACAAGGCAGCCCCAUGCAGUUUUAUGUGUUACCGAUUGCUAGGUGCUGCACUCCCACACUUGAGUCUCAGUGAACUGAAAAUGGUUCUCCAUGGAGAGGUCAUGCUACAUUAUGGGAAGAAUGUUAUUGCAACUCAGCUUCCAGGUAGAGUGAAGUUUGGCCCCGAGAUGGAAACAUAUGUCGAUGCCUUUCUUGAGAACUGUGAUGAUCCUGACAAACAGCUUACUGUUAUGAAAGCCUUCUCAACUUUAACCAAUCAAGGAAAUCCAGUGAUUACAAGUUCUUGGAAAGUUGUGAGACACCUCCAGUCUACAGCUCUAUUAGAUUAUGUUGACUAUCUGAAACAGAUGUUCCUGAAUCCUGACUUGGAGAUCUGCCUAGAGUUGUAUACUAGACGUCAAAAUCCAGAGAAAAUACUGCAGCCAGAGCAGUGUAUAUUUCGCUUAAGGAAAUGGAUUGUCUCCAGGUUGGCAUCUAUUAUCGAUAACCCAUGGUUGAAGAAAGAUGAGGAUCUUGUCAUGGACAUUACCAGGUUUAUUUUCUUCUAUUCGUUUUUUGAAGCAUUGAAACCCACUCUAGAUAUCCCCGAAACAGAAUGCCUACUUCAAGUUCCUCUAGAUGAAGACACUCGUAGCGCAACUGCUGAUAGCUUUUUUAGUUUGCUGAAUUACUUGAACUGCUUGCCUGUACUUGGGGAGAAUCCAGAAGCAGCAAACCUAAAUAAGAAGCAUGUUCAGGGAGUGACAGCUGAUGGACAACUGUGGAUUUACUGUGUUAGCCAGUAUGCCAGUGCCCUGCUUUCUAGGAAAAAGUAUGUCAGAGCUGUGAAGCCCUUUACAGAUGAAGAAAGAGAAGCUUGGGAGAGGAUGCUUCAGUGUGUGGAUGAACUGCGAAAGAAAGGAGAUAAAUCUCAAAACAUGAAGCUGUCUGCUUUCCAGCGGCUGGGUCUGUUGAUUGGCAUUCACCUGUUUAAGGCACCCACGGAAAGCUUAGAACUUUUAAAGGAUUUCCAUCACUGCAUGGAUAAAGUUCUGGAAAAGGAAUGCAAAAAGAAAAAAAAGAGUGCAGAUGAUGAAGAGGAACCAGAGUGGAUAGAGGUAGUUGUUGAAAUCCUGCUCUCUCUGCUUUCACAGCAGAGUAAAUUUAUCCGUCAGGCCUGCACGAGUGUCUUUAAACAAAUCUGUUCUAAUGUUACAGAGAAGGCCUUGCAUCUCAUUCUUGACGUCCUUGAUCCAGAGAAAGACCAUGAUGAAGACCGUGCAUUAUUGAUAACAGAUGAAGGGAAAAAGGCAAAAAGAACAUCAUCUGAAAGUGAGAGUGAAGACAACAGUGAUGAAGAAAAAUCUUCAGAAGAAGAAGAUGAGGAUGAUAAUGAUGACAGCAGUGACAAUGAAGAUAAGGAAGGUGAUGAAAGAGAAGGUGAUAGUGCUGAAGAACUGGAGGAAAAUGAUUCUGAAAGUGAAACUGAACCUGUGGAUGAAAACUUCCGUAUGGGGCUGAUAAAAGCCCUACAGGCUGGGAAUGCUUUGCCCAGAGAAGAUGAGGCUAGUGAUGAAGAGGACUUAGAUGAUGAAGCCAUGAUGUCCCUUGAUGAAAACCUUGCAGCCCUAUUUGCGGAGCAGAAGAAGCGGGCUCAGGCAAAGAAAGAUGAAAAAGACCAGCAGAGAAAGGAGAAGAUUUUGGUCAGAGAUUUCAAAAUUAAGGUACUGGAUCUGAUUGAUGUGUUUCUCAAGAAGCAGCCUGAGAAUCCAUUAGUGUUUGGCAUCAUUGAACCCCUAAUUGCGGUUAUAGAACAGACUAUGACUGGUAAAUCAGAUCAGCAGGAGCAAGACUUUCUCCAGAAAACUGCCGAUAUCUUUAUAAAUCAACUGUGCAAGUCAAAACGUUACUGUAAAGAUGUCUCCUCUUUUAAGGACAAACUCUAUGACAUGAUGGAGAGAUUGGUGAAAAGGGCCCGCAAGCAGACCGACUCUUCUGUUGCCCUUUAUUGUUUCAGUGCAUCUCUUUACAUCUUCCGAGUUCUGAGAGGAAAUAUCUCCGAAGUUCCGGUGCCACCUGUUGUACAGUCUAAAAAGAAACAUAAAGAUGAUGAACAGCGAGAUGACCAGGAACAGCAGGGGAUUCCAGUAGGAGAUCUUGACAUUGACAGGGUGAAAGCUAUAUAUCAAGAGGCAUUAACGGAAUUCAUGACCAAGAGAAAUAGUGCUCUCACUGGAGCCAUGUUUGUUGACCUGUUUGUUCGAUUUCCAAUCAUAUGUUUGCAUCUUUUGGAUAGUACUGUCUCCUUCAUCACAGAGGGUGUAAGACAGCACCAGCAGGGUCAAGCAUGCCUGCUCGUACAGAAGGCACUGCAGAUCAGAGAGCUAAGGCAGUCCAUGACAGAGAGUGAAUUAGAGACGCUUCUCAAACAAGUCCUAUCUCAAAUUCACAAGAGUUUGAAAACUGUAAAUGGGUUCAAAGUGAAGGUGGACCAGGAAAAGGUACUCAAAUGCUUGGAACUCACAAGCUGGGUUGCAAAAAUCAUAAAGCAACAGAAACUGAACAUAGAAUUGACAAAUAUGGUGCCAGACUUGUUGGCUAUGGCUCAAAUGGAAGGGUUUGGAAGAUCUGUCCAACUCGAUAAUGUAUACUGGAACAUCAUGAGGCCAUUAGGAUAUUCGCGACCAAAGAAAGCAAAGAAACAGCAGCCUUUGGUUACUGAAAGCACAGAAAGUACAAAGAAAAAGAAAAAGGGCUUUUUACCUGAAACCAAAAAACGUAAAAAUAGGAAGAAGGUAUCUGUUGGGCAGCAGAAAGAAAUUACUGGCAGCAGUAAUGAACAAUCUGGAGAAGGGCAUCGGGGAAAAAAGAAAAAGAACAGAAAAAGGAAAAUUAGUGAGUCGGGAGACAAAAAUGGACUUGGACAUAGCUCUCCUGCUAAGCAAAACAAAGUGCAGAGUGAAAAUACAAAUAAAGGAAAGGACAGAACUGAAACAGAUAAAUCCAAGAAAAAGAAACACAAGAAAAGAGAGCAUUCAGAAUAAAUAAAUGUUUAUACUGUGACUGAAGAGUGUGUACCUGUAACAGGUCUAGUUUCACUAAUUUAACAGUGUUAACUGUUAAGCUUGGAAAGAAAAGACAGUGCCUUAGAUGUAUUGCUGUACCCCCAACUUGCACAUUGCACAAAGACCAUUGCAAUAUAUCAAGUCUGGGCUAUUAUUUUUUAUCUUUACAGUAUUGUAAAUUGUUUUUAUAUCCCUUAUAUAAGAAUAAAGGGGGUAAGCAGUGUACUGCCUUUCAUCAUGA